AUGCGCUACUCACUCGCCGUCAUCGCAGCCAUUGCUGCCCACGCUUCCGCCCAUGGUGUCAUCACCGAGAUUCAGGGCGCCAAUGGCGUGAACAUGCCCGGUCUUUCCGUUGCCGACGGCACUCCCCGCGACUGCGCCUCCCCCCGCUGUGGCUCUGAGGCCGACACUUCCAUCAUCCGCGCUAAAGAGAUGGGCGGCAAAGCCUCCGCACUCGGCCGUACCAAAGCAGGCCCUGUCGACGCCGCAGCCGCCAUCUCCACCUUUAUGGGUACCGGUGCCGGUGCUGCUACGGGCGCUGGUGCAAGCACUGCCGCGACCGCCCAGAAGCGCCAACUGCUCGCCGGGCUCCUCGGCGGCGGCAAGGGCAAGGGUGCCGGUGCCGGUGCUGCCUCGGACGGCACCAAGACUACCGCUGGCGCCACGGAGCAGGGCGUUGCUAAGGCCGCGGGCGCGGGUGCCUCCUCUGGUCUCCCGACGACUGCGGACGACGGCACGGUCACCAUGACGUUCCACCAGGUCAACCAGGACGGCGCGGGCCCGCUCACCGCCCAGAUCGACGCUACCUCUGGCGGCACCGACCCGGCGGCCUUCCAGGACGCGCAGGUGAUGCAGGAUGUGCCCGGCAUUGGCAUUGGUGGCCUGUCUGCCGCCACCACCACCGACUUCCCCGUCAAGGUCCAAAUGCCCCAGGGCAUGACCUGCAGCGGCCAGGUCGGCGGCGCCUCCAACGUCUGCAUCGUGCGCAUGCAGAACUCCGCUCUUGCAGGGCCCUUUGGCGGCUCGGCUGCUUUCACCCAGAGCGCGGCGGCCAAGAAGCGCGCCGUCGAGUACAACCUGCGCAAGAGGCACAUGGCCCGCGGCAUCCUCGGCAAGCCGGAGGUGGAGUAA